AUGCAUGAAGCUACAACUAUUCUAACAGAUAGAGGUGUCAAAUUCGAUGUUAAAAAGGCUUUUGACAAAUACCAGAAUGUCUUCAUACCGUUGUAUUAUCAUGAACUAUGGAACGAAUUUGUAAUUGCUCACACUGAAGCAUCACAUUUGCAAAAGAAUGUGAAAGUGGAAUGCGUAAGAAACAGUUCAAAUAGCCGUAUAUUUUUUGGUGAAAUUUUAACGGAUUAUGCAGACAACUACAAUCCACAAGAUCGUCUAUUCUCACCAUACGAUGUUAUUCUGAUGAAAAUUAAUAAUGAUCAUUAUUUUGGCGUUGUUGUAUAUGCUCGUCGUACACAUGUAAACCAAGAAAAUAAUAAAUGCAGAACAAUUCAAGUUCACACACAUAUUGGUAUUUAUUUAUCUGAACAGUGUAGUGUUCAGUAUCAUAAACGUCGCACGUUGGAUCCUGAUGUUGAAAUUUCAAGACUUACAAGUUUGACGUCAAGCAAACGAUGUUUAACAGCAAUUAAUAAUUUACCUUUCUACCAUCAAGAAUGUCUGUUGGCUCCUUCAUUGAUUGAUCCCUAUUUUCAACAACCGGAACGAUCAUAUCACAAUGUGACUGCAAAAUAUUUCAAUGAACGACAACUGAAAGCGAUACAAAUGGCUGUUGAUAUUCAUGAUGAUCUAAUUGAACGUAUUCAUUUGAUACAUGGCCCACCAGGUACUGGUAAGAGUAAAACUAUUGCUGGAAUAGUGGAUAAUUUAUUUGAUAAAUUACAUGGUAACAAAAAAAUUCUUUUAUGUGCACCGUCGAACAAUGCAUGCGAUGAAUUACUAAAAAAAAUACUUGAACACUGCGGUGAUAAGCUCAAUCAAAAGCAUAUUGUCCGCGUUGGUUGCCGUCCACCAGAAUCCAAAGAGCUAUGGGACUAUUUUUUGGACUAUCGAGUAAUAUCAGAAUUAGUUGUUAAAUUGAAGACCGAACCAGCGUUUAAUCGAAGUACAAUUGAGAAGAAAAUUCAAUAUAAACUAUUGAAAAGUACCAAAAUUAUUAUAUCAACGUUGAACUACAGUGCAUCAUCUCGUUUACGAUUGUUGUAUGACGAUCCUACAGGUGUCUCAUUUCUGAUUGUUGACGAGGCAUCUCAGGCUUCAGAAGCAAUUGCCACCGUUGUGUUGAGCGAAGCCAGUAAAUCAUAUAAUUUAUCUCAGUCUUUAUAUUUUCGUUUAAAUAAAAUAUUUGAAAGACAACCAAAUCCACCUGUUAUCAUGCUAAAUACUCAGUAUCGAAUGAAUCCAGAAAUUGUCUCAUAUCCAAAUAAAGAAUUUUAUGGUGGAGAAUUGGAUAAUGCAAAGAGUGUUUUCUCUCAAUCAAGUGAUCAAUUCAAACCCUUAUUCUAUUAUAAUAUCGAAACAGCCGCACAUUCUCACGACUACGCAAGUUCGGCCUAUAAUCAAGUGGAAGCAGAAGUAGUGGCUAAAUUUUGUCAUCGAUUAAUCUGGCUAUGGGGUAGUAUGAAUUUAGAUGAUGAAGAUACAACACUUUUGAUUGAACAACGUAUAGGUGUCAUUACGCCUUAUAAAGGACAGAUGCACGUAUUGGAACAAGAAUUUCAAAAAUGGGAUAUGUCACACGUUGAAAUUGGCUCAGUUGACAGUUUUCAAGGAAAGGAAAAAGAUUUUAUUUUGAUAUCGUGUGUACGUAGUUGA